UACACACCAUUAUAGGUUUAUUCCAGAGUCUGCCAGAUGGCUUCUUGUUCGUGGAAGAACUACAGAUGCUAAAGAACUCAUUCAGAAGGCAGCGGCGAUCAACAAACGUACAGUUCCAGACUCAUUAGUGGAGAAGGUCCUAAAUGAAAAUCCUGUUGAAAGGGGAGGUAUAAAAAUCCUUUUUGCUUCCCGUGUGCUCAGGAAAUAUUUCUUAAGCAUUACUUUCGCAUGGUGAGUUGAUUCACAGAGAAACGUUUGUUUUCAAACUUUUUUCCCUGAACUUUUCAGGGUUCAGUUCGUAUCAAAACUUGAAUGCCCCUCAAUAUUGUUUAUAUUCAGGUGUGCGCUAAACCUAGCGUACUACAGCCUCUCUCUGAAUGUGGGGAAGUUUGGCCUUGAUAUUUUUCUCAAUCAACUCAUAUUCGGCCUCUCUGAGAUUCCUGUCCACUUCCUCUGCAUGUGGUCUUUGGAAACGGUUGGAAGGAAGGUGUCUCUGAUGGCUGCCCUCAUAGUAGGAGGGUCCCUCUGUCUCCUGACACUUGCGGUUCCACAAAGUAAUUCCAUCGCCGUCGCUGCUCUUGCCACUUGUGGAAGAUUUCUCAUGAAUGGCGCAGGCAGUAUUUGCAACGUUUAUAUUCAAGAACUCUUCCCCACCUCCAUUCGUCAGACAGCCAUGGGCCUGGGCGCCUCUGCAGCACGAGUAGCAAGUAUGUUGGCUCCUGUGGUGAACAUGCUGGAGGUCUACCAUUUCACUAUUCCCACUCUGGUGUUAGGCAGCCUGGCACUAGCAAGUGGGAUAACGGCCUUCCUGCUUCCUGAGACCAGACACACUGAGCUGCCUGGUUCAACAGAGGAGGCAGAGGGCAAGAGGCAACUAAAAAUGGCUUACUCUGCACCUGGAGAUUGUGAAGACAUCAUAGCAACCAAGUUAUAACCUUCUUUGUGGCUAGUGUUAUUAUUCUGUUUAACGGUUUACAUUGUAGUGAUAUGUAGAAA